AUGGACGUCCCAAUCGCAGCAAAUGUCCUCGGGACUAUAGGCGCUGUCUGUUGGUCUGUCCAGCUUAUACCCCAGAUCAUCGUCAAUUAUCGAAGACAUAACACGGAAGGCUUGCAGCCAUCGAUGAUGCUGUUGUGGGCUACUGCUGGCGUGCCUCUGGGAGUAUAUAAUAUUGUGGAGGAGUUUAAUGUGGCACUUCGAAUACAGCCUCAAAUACUCACUUUUCUGAGUCUUGUGACGUGGGCGCAGUGCUUUUACUAUGGGAAGAAACGGUCGUUGAUGGCAUGCAUCACUGCUGUUGUUCCGCUUCUUAUCACCCUCGGUGGGAUUGAAGUUGGUCUGAUAUAUGCAUUACAAGCCGCAAAGGAUCGUGAUAUUCAAUGGCCCAUUAUCCUCAUGGCUGUUCUCAGUGCCUGUCUACUGGCCGCGGGCGUUCUUCGACAUUACUGGGAUAUCUAUGUCCACCACACGGUGAGAGGAAUCAGCUUUAUAUUCAUCGCCAUUGAUGCUGCUGGGGAUUUAUUCUCUCUAGUUUCCGUCUUGUUCGAACCAAGCAUCGAUAUUCUCGGAAUGGUUAUCUAUGGAACUGAACUCGUACUCUGGAUCGGCAUCAUGGUCUGUGGAGGAGUGUUCAAUUUCCUGCCUUGGAUUACGGAGAAGCUGAAAAAGGAUGAAAGAGAGGAGCCAGUGUCGCUGCACGAGAUGCCAUCUUCUACUUCGGUCUUUCGGACUGCUUCUCAGUCGGUGGUUCGACGAGUGCCUCAUCAGUAG